AUGGAAGGCCAAUCACUCCCAAGUCCGAGUCCGGCCGCACCAGCACCAGAAUCGUCGAGACCAAGCUGCUCGCUAUCAUUCGCAGAUGUGUUGCCUGAGAUCCGGAGACGGAGACCACAGAAAUCCCAAUCCCGGGAUGAAGCUGCAUGCCCAUGCCCAUCCCCAUCCCCGGCUGACCCUGGCACCCUAAAGUCGCGCGAGUCUGGAACCGGAACCAGCUAUGUCCAGAGUGCCCAUUGGGAGGCCAUCCUAUUUAAAAUCAGGGGACUGAAGGCGGGCUUGGUCACGGAUAGCAAGGCUCCGCCCGGUUCACACUUGUUCUAUGGCCCGAAUCGUCAUGCAACUCGCGAUGAAAUCCUGGCUGCUGUUCCGCCUCGUCCAGUUGUUGACCGCCUCAUAGCCCUUCACUUCGAUUCCUACAUUAUCACUCCGUAUCUCAUUCAUGGCAAGAAGUUUCUCCGAGAGUACGAAAGCUUCUGGAAAGAUCCGUCUGCAACUUCCAUCGCUUGGAUCGGCCUCAUGUUCUCCAUGUUAUGUAUUGCUGCGCAGUUGCGGACCUUCUCUGUUGACUUCACCGACGGACGAACCGAAUCGCUCAAGGCGGAAUAUCUUGCCAUGAAGGAUGCCUUCCGGGAGAAGGCCGUUCAGUGUCUUAUUCUGGCCAGGUAUACGACGGGAGGGCCAUAUAUCCUGGAAACCCUGAUCACGCUCCUUACUGGAGAGGUUAUACUCUUGAAAGAUGGCACUGCCGAUGGCUGGCUUUUGAUCGGUAUGAUACUUCAUCUAGCAAUGCGCAUGGGCUAUCACCGGGACCCAGAUCACUUUCCCGGACUAUCUCCGUUCGAGGGCGAGAUGCGUAGACGCAUCUGGAUUGCAAUCCUUCAAUUGGAUUUCGGUCUCUCCUUGGAGAUUGGCCUUCCUCGAAGUGCCACAGAUACGCACAUGGAUACCAAACCGCCCCGUAAUCUGCUCGACUGUGAUUUUGAAGAGGACACGACCGAGAUGCCUCCGCCGAGGCCAGAAACAGAAUGGACGCCGGUGCUCGGUCUCAUUGCAAGAGGGCGACUGAUAUCAGCUCUCGGCUUGAUUUGCGACGUCAAUACUGAUAUUAAUCCCCCGUCCUAUGACGAGGUCAUCAAGAUCGACGCACUCCUGGAAGACGUGCACAAACGUGCUAUUCCGCCUGUGCUGCGCUGGGAAACUAGACCACACCCCAUCACGGAUAGUCCAAACCUGGUGGUACAGCGGGUAGGUGUAGAAACGACCUACCACAAAUCACGCAUCCUCCUGUACCGGAGAGCUUUGGUCAGCCACCCAGUUCGACAGCCUGAAGAGCGGUCUCAAGAGCGAGAGCGGGACAGGGAGUCGGUGCGGAUUUGUUUGGAUUCCGCACUCAAGAUUCUAUCCUUUCAACAGAUGCUUCAUGAAGAGUCUCAGCCAUUUGGUCGUUUGUCUCAGCUUAGAUGGAAGGUCACCCAUAUUUUCAACCAGGAUGUUCUCCUCGCAACGAGCGUGCUCUGUCUCUACCUGCAAGACGUCGAUAAAUUGGAAUUGCCUGAGACUGCGACUGCAGGCCAGACAACGUGGUCAUCUAGGGCUGAAGAGAUUCGACAACAACUCACCAUCUCGCACAAGAUUUGGCGUCAAAUGAGUACGUCAUCGGCCGAAGCUGGAAAAGUAGCCAAAGCUCUGAACAUCGUCCUUGGAAACACAGAAGAAGCGUUUGCCGAGGACGGUAGCGGGCUAGAGCCUACUUCUUACGACUUUCUGCCGGAAUCGGAUUUUGAUGCCGUGGAUGGAUCUCUGAAUGGAUUUGGCGGCGCAACGCUCAACAAUCAAUGUGAGAGCCCUCCGAGUCGAGUGGUCAUGCCGAUUGGAUAUGAUUGCAACUAA